AUUCCUGAGAUCUUCGCUAUCACUGUUGAAAUCCUCUCCGUUUCGAUCUCCGUGUAUUCUCUUCUUUCUCUUCUUCCAAGUUUGUCCUCUUUGUUUAACCAGAGAAAUGGAGGAGGCACUUAGGAGACUUAGUGGGAUAACCCAUUUACCGGAACCUGACCCGAGAGAUCCCAUCACCGACAGCCAGAAAAACUGCACCUCAUCUGCUACAGCUACUUCUACUGCCACUAACACCGCCUCCACAAACAACAAAAGGACUUUGAAAGAAAGUGAUAAUGGCAGUGGUGGAACCAUGAGGUACCGUGGUGUUCGGCGCAGGCCUUGGGGCCGCUAUGCUGCUGAGAUACGGGACCCUCAGUCUAAGGAGAGGCGUUGGCUGGGGACUUUUGACACUGCGGAGGAAGCUGCCUGUGCCUAUGACUGCGCGGCUCGAGCCAUGCGUGGUGUCAAAGCUCGAACAAACUUUGUUUAUCCGGCUACUGAGCCUCUCUCUCCUCCUGAUCAUCUCCUUCCUCCGUUUAAUUUCCCCAAACAGCCUCAGCCGUCUGUUAGAGAUUUACCCACUCGCCAAUUUAACCCUUCUUCUCACUGGCCAUCUUAUGCUAAUCCUCAUGUGGUGGACCAUCCCUUCUCUCCUCAACAGAAGAACUCUUCACACAAUAUGUUGCUUUUACGUGACCUGUUGAACUCUUCUUCAAAUUCAUCUCUGUACACGCCUACUCAACCUUUGUAUGACCAGUUUCCUUGCAUGAAUAACUCAUCUUCUUCAAAUCCUAGCACUUUCCCCGGAGGUUCGUUGGUGAUGAAUAAUCCCUAUAGCAAUAUCUCAAAAUGUUCCAGUCACGCUAAUACUAAUUUAUUAUGCGAUUCUUACACAGGUUCCUCCAUUACUUUUCCUCCAAAUGAAAAUUAUCAAGGCUAUAAUAACACCACCAUCGGCUCUAUCAAAGCUACUACUUCCUUUCAAAGUGAUGACACGGAAUUCUUUCCACAAGAGCCUUCGGAUUCUGGCUUGCUACAAGAAAUCAUUCAAGGGUUCUUCCCAAAACCUUUGUCAAAGAAAAGUGAUGAUUCUUCAAAAACUAGUUCAAAUUACAAUGAAUCUCUCGUUGGUGCUGCACCGUUACCUGAUGUUUCCGUUAAUUAUUCACUGGAUGGAUUUAAAAGGGGACUUAGAAAUGAGAACUUUGGUUAUUACUUUGACGUCCAAGGUGGUCAUCAACAACAGUUGGAAAAUUUCAGUGAAGUCUCUGGAUCUCAGGCGAUGCCGUACGGCAAUGAGCUGCCGCUUAAACUGCAAGUAGGUCCAGAAUCCGUUACUACUGAUGAUAUAUUUCAGUACCCAGAGCUCAUGAGUGCCUUCGCAGCUAGGGUUCAGAAUGCUUAACCACUUUCAAUGUUGCAGAAAAUUCCAUUCUACUUAUGGUCUAAUUUUAUUAAUUGUGUCUAUAGAUGAAAUAUCGCUAAUGAUUUUAGGGUUUGAGAAAUGUAGUUCGCUUCUACUUUAAGUUCAUAUGUACUUCCAUGGAGAUUUCAGGAUCUUCGAAGUCGUCACUAAGCAGUUUGAUUUAUACGAUCAAUAUAAUAUAUCUUAUAUUAUCU